CUGCCUCAGGUGACUCAGCCUCCGGGGCUCUGCGCGCCGCGCUCCCGGGGAAGCUUCCUGACAAAUGCCCGGCUAAUUUAUGGCCCCACUUUGCUUCCUGCACCCCACCCUCCGCCUUCUACUCAGUGAAGUCAAGUUCAGGUCUAGGACCGGAGACUUUUAACUUGAAUGGACUCCGAGGAGCCCGAGGGCGGCGGGAGGGAGGUCUAAUAUUUACUCUGUCACCAUGGAAAGCCCUCUGCGCCUCACCUCGGAGUGCGCUUCCCAGCGCUGGCUCACACCUCGCCCGCCCGCCCGCCGGGGCUCAGCCCCCCGCCGGCCCACCUUCCCUCCCAUGACCCCACAGGGUCACCCUUCUGCCCCCAUGUCCAGUGUCAGUGGCCCUCCUGGCCCAGGAGCCCCAUCUGUGGGCCGGGGGUGCGAUGUUGGGAGGCAGGAGGACCUGUGCUUUUGACCCCAGGGAGGGGGCCGGAGCCCAGCCGUGGCCGGGACACUCAGGACCCGGGUGGGUGCGGCCGCCGUGGACCCGUCGCUGCUCUUUAAUUUUGCAUCGCUAACUCGGGCUGUGGCACUGGAGGAGUCUGAAAGAGGCCCGGGCACAGCGCAGACUCCCCGCGCCGUCCUCGUCCUCGUCCUCGUCCUCGUCCUCGUCCUCGCCGCGGCUUAAACGUGCGCCUAAAGACGCGUCAGCCGAGAGCGAGGAUUAGCCUCGCCCAUGCGAAGGCAAAAUGGGGAAGAAGAAGAAAAAGCCUUGUCUGAACUUGAAAACGAAAAUGCUGAUGCGGUUUUUAUUCCAGAAACAUAUCUUACUGAUUAAGAGCACCAAGCGCUACUGGCUCGUGGGUGGGCCGAUGGCUCCCGCCCUGCCGGCCUGGCCUCCGCCCACGGGGUAUCGGGAAGCAGGCGCUGGAGCCCCGCGCGCGCAGAUGGGCACGCCAGGCUGGGCUUGGGCCUGGGCCACCACUCACUGGUGACCCUGAGCAGACGUCUGCUUGCUGUGACAGGUGAUGCCCUCACGUGCCGGUGCCAAGUGGGUGCUCCAUGUGCGGUCACAAAUCCAGUGCCCAAGAUGGUAGCACGCCCAGGGGAGCUCCGCCUCAGCCUACACAGGACCCCCAGUCACCUGCAGCUGCCAGUACCUCUUCCAGUACUCUCCUGGGACCCUGGGUGGUGGUGGUGGCCUGUGCUGCGGGAUAGGCCAUUGCCCUGGCUGCCUUAGUUUCCAAAGCUGUGAAAUGGGGCCGACACCUCUGUGAACAUCGACCACACAGGGCUUGUGGCUUGGCACAGCCACAGAGGCCGCUGCCAGGCGGGCAGCCCUCGCCAAGAGCUGGAUUCCGCCCGGCCCGGCCCAGCUGGCAUCUUCUCCAGUUUCAUUGGGUUGGGUUGCAGGGCGAUGCGGCGAUUGAUAGUGGUGUAAUUGGGUUGACUUGGGUAUUUUCCUAGGCUUUGCCGCUGAUGACUCACGCUCGGGAAGGCCACAUUCCACUGCCAUCGAGCACGGCGACGGUUAAAUAACCUCAUCAGGUAUUCAGGUUUCACAACUCCUGCGUCUGAAUGUGAGGUCCUUGAGUUACCCAGAGAUUCCACACCUCGGGAGAGGGUUACGUGGGGCCUUUGUUCCCAGAGUCCUACGCGGAUAGGGUUUUCUCCGAGGCAUUUAGCUGGCACUGAGAGGGUUUCCAGCUGCGAUCCGUUCCCAGCAAUUAAUAACCUGUAAAUAAUAAAUCCGAUCAGCCUGUGCUGCCCUCACCCCUCUCCUCUUCCCUCCUCGGCCCUUUGGCUGCUUCCCCUGCCCUCAGGUCCCCCCAUCUCAAAAGGCCUCAGUCUCCCCCAUCUCUCUUCCUCUGGUUCCCUGCCUGCCCAGGCCGGGCUCUGCCAAGUUACCCACAGCGGCCAGAGCAAGGCUCACAGCUAGGGCAGGUGCAGGAGGACAAGAGGACGUGACCUGGAUGCAGACUGCCACAAGCCGCUGGGUUCCUGCGGGCCUCUCGUCCCCCUGCAUCAGGCGCUGGCUUCGGGCCAAGAGACCGAGCUGUCCCUAGAGUCCCUGAGGAAGACAGCUUCCCGUGUGGCUGUCCUGCCGGGCCGGGAGGCGAAGGUGAAGGUCAUGUGCAGGGGAACCCUGGGGCCCCCAAGCUUUCUGUCCAUCAGGGAGGGCAGCGCAGCAGACUCAGCAGACCCAGGACCGAAUGCCAGGCCCCGUGUGACCAGGAGCAGGCUGGGGACACUUUCGUCCCCCAACCCUGGUUCAGUGUGGCCUCUUGCGGGUCACACCACCAGCCUGCUGUCCCUAAGCCCUGUGCCUGCGUCUCCACGGCAGUCUCGCCAUCCAGCCCUCUCUGCUCAGCGUCUUCCUCCUUGUGCCCACCUGGUGCCCCUGCCCUGCCCAGGCCUUCCAGCUGGUCACCCGCUGAGGCCUGUGGCCCACUUAGGCCUGCACCAGCAGCUCCACAACCUCCGUCCCCACCCUGGCCUGCCCCGGCCCACGAUUUCCCCCAUUUUAAGAGCCCCAUUUCUGUCUUGGCCCCCUCAGUCCUCUGAAAGCAGAGCCGCCUCCAAGAUGCCCUGCCCACCCACGUUUCCUCACAGCUGCCCUGGGGCUCAACCCCAGGGUCCAGGCCCCGAGGUCUUGCAGCUCAGCCUAGCACUGGGGACAGUGCUGCGUCUCAUGGGCCCCACCUGGCCGGACUCCCCUUCCCGCCUUCUCUCCCACAUCUCGUGUCUGUUCCUGCACAGUGCAAACCCACUCGGCUCGCAGCACAGGCCCGCACUAAGGUCCCUGCCGGCACCGAUGCUCAGCCACAGACCUGCCUCCCUGCCCAGCCAAACAGAACACAGCCACUCACGCUGCCCCGUCCCUGUGCUGCACUCCCCGAACCCAACCCCACACGGCAUCUGCAAGCCCAGGCCCUGCCCUCCACACCAGUCUAGACCCGACCUUUGUCACCAUCCCCGAGAAGCUGCUUCCUGCCUCUGCUCUUAGGGGUUGUCCCCUGGCAUGGCCACCAUGCCCCGCCCAUUGUCGUGUGUCAGCUUAAGUCAGGGCACGUUGUUCUGCCUGAGCCCUUCAAAGACUUGUCUCAUCACAGCCACCCAGGGUCACCGGUGUGGCCCCUCGGCCCCUCUGUGGCUCCCUGCUGUUGGGCUCUGUUCGGCCUCCACCCUGCCCUUGGGUAGCGCCUGCCCACUGCUGGCUUCCCCUCAUCUUGGCCACUUGUGUCACCUUCUCAGUGGGAUCACAGCUGCAAACCACCCCUUCUCCACAGUGUCCUGGUCACCUGUCACCCUGCCUUAUGCUCAAGGCCACCCAGCCAUCCCAGCAUCCAUUUCUGGUACAGUUGGACCCACAAAGGCCAGGGCGCAGCCUCUGCUCGGUGCCACCGCUGUGCCUGGCUCAGCCCUGGUGCCCGGGAGCCCUUUGCCCCUUCCACAGGAGCACAGCCCAGCAGGAAGGGCCUAGGAGGGCCAGAGCGGGUGGUCCUGACCCCAGGCCCCCGCGGGCAGAGGGUCAGCAUCAAAGCCAGAUUAGCUCCCUGGCUUAACCCUGUCGCCACAUUCCUGUGACCGCUGUGAGCUGGAGGGAUUUGGCAGUCACUGUCCCAGCUCUGGACUCAGACCUCGGGGUCUUCCUGCAGCCAAACCCCCUGGUGCUCCCGUGGCCCUCCACAUGUGUGUUGCACACACACACACACACACGCACACACACGUGCACUGGUGCUGCCCCAGUCGGGCAGGGCCCCAGCCUUGCUGGCACCUCAUCGCAGCCUGACAAGAGGCCAGAGCUCAGCAGAGCUGUGCCGCCUGCUGUGUGCCGGCUCACCCACGACACAGAACCCUGUCCAGAGCCGCCCGAGUAAACCUCAGCAAGUUGGAUCCAGUAAUAGGAAGAGGGUCAGAACCCGUCACGGGUAAGCAGGGCUUAACCCCUGGACACAAAUCAGUUUCCCCUAGAAAACGAACCGGAGCCUUAACCAUGCUGACGAACUGAAGAAGAGCAACAGGAAAAAGAAAAGAAAUUCAUUUCAGUAGGUGCGAAAAGAAUCAUCUGACGAGGUCCAACAUCUGUUUCUUGUGAAAACUGCCAUUAAAACACAAAAACCUGUCCCCAAAGCAGGAGAGCAGGGGACCCCUCAGUGGAGUCUAGGAGAAGCCCAGCGAUGCUCCUUAGCAGUGAGAGGUCAGCGUUCCCGAGACCCAGAGCAGGCUCCUGAGCUCACUGUGGCGGCUGCACUGGACCGAGGCCCGGCUGGGGAGGUCGGGCAGGGGUGGGACCGGAAAGGAGCCCACCGGAGACGGAGAGGAAAACUGUCCUUGCUCCAGGUGACAGGGCUGUCUGCAGAAGCUGGCAAUAAAGCCCCUCAAACUAAUCACUGAGUCUAAUGAGCUCUGCAGGACUUUUCUACAAAUCUAUCUGCGUAAGCCGAUCUUGCUGGGAUGUUUGAUUAUUGGCAUGAAAAAACACAAAGAUUCAAGAGCAAUCCGUAUCUGACCGCUUUACGAAAAUGACCCGGAAGCAGUCCACAGGCCUGAGCGUGAAGCCUGAGACAGCUGGAGUCCUUUGUGCUCUUGGGUAAAGAGAUCUCUUAGCUACACCAGCAAAAACGUGAUUUACGGAGGAAUGAAUGGUUAAAAUGGACUUCGCCAAGAUGAAAUAUUCCUGCUCUUUGAAAGAUAUCGUUAAGAGCCUGGAAAAACAGCCACAGAGUGGAAGGAAACCACUUUAAAAUACGUGUCUGUAAGGCUUGGAUGCAGAAUGUGUACGGAAUCCCCAAAAUCCAGUAAUAAGGAACGACCCAACUUUUUUAAAUGGACGAGCAGAGCCAGGGUGAAUGCAUGGAAAGAGACUGAAAGUCAUCAGCCAUUAGGGGCACGCAAGUGGCAGGGGAUCCUGCCCACCGGGGACUCGGGACCCAGCCCGAGGGACCAGGGCCGGCCCGCAGGGGAGGGCAAGCAGUUCUCAGAAAGCCGGCCCCUAGGGGCAGGGCAAGGAGGUGGGCAAGCGCGGGCCCCACUUCUUGUACCCGUGGGAAGGCUGGGAAGACUCCCCAAGUGUGCCCCGAUCCUCCCAGCCUGGAUCCCUCCUGGGAACAGAACAAGGGGUCUCCGGUGUCUCGCUGUUGGGGACAGAGGCAUACUGGGACAGUCCCUGGGUGAGUGGGCACGGAGACCACGCGCCCCGGGGUGGCUCAGUGCAAAGCUGGGGUGGGGUGGGGUGUGCAGUCCUGCCGUUUAGGAGCCGGGGUUCAGGGGAGCCUUCAUCACACUCUGGUCCCCGAGCGUCCUCGAAGCCACUGCUCCCAGUGCUUUUGUCUGCUCACAGCGGGACUGAACUGUGUCCUCCGGCCUGGCUUUGGGACUGGAGGUGCCUGAAGACAGAGAGGAGCGCGGUGGAAAGCGGCCAGCUGGGGACCCCGCCUGUGACCAGGAUGGCACCUGUGACACACGAGGGCUCCCCCCAGCUGCCAAGCCUCAGAGCGCCUCUGCAGCCCUGCUGGGGUGCUUGCUCCCGAGGGAGAGGGUCCCAGCCUCGCUAACCCUGCACUCCCCGCGCGAGGCAGAGGCAGAGGCAGCACGGACUCCGUGACGCCAAGAGCCGGCCCGGCGAGCCUGGGGCCCCGUGUUCCUGCUGCCGUCCUCGGCGUGGUUCUGGGGUCCCCCUACUGGGGCACCUCCUCUGCGGCUCCCAGCUGCUGUCUCUCCUGUAUGUUGUAGGUGCAUUCAAGCAGGGUCACCUACAGCAGGGACGUCGCCACAUGGGUGCAGGAACGCCACCCCCAAACUGCCCACUCCCAUCCCCAACAGACACCGCACGUGCCACCUGCCCGCCGGCCCCAGCAGGACAGAUGGCCUUGCCAGGCGAUUGGGUAGAAUCAGAGUGAAUUAGCACCUCAGUAUCUGCGACACCUGUCGCCCGGCCGCCUCCAGAGAGCCGAACCGAUUCCCCUUGGCUGGAAAACAUCAAAGCCGCUGUGCUGUGCAGCUCCCAGCUCGAAUCGCCUUCCCCACCCUGCACCCCUAGACGUCCUGGGGUAUGGGAAGUGUAACCCCAAGACGGGGCGCCUUGACAGUGGGGGCUCCCCAUCCAGGGAUGCAGAGCUGCCUGUUAGCUGGGCCGGAUUCCUUCCUCCCCUCUGACUCCCGCCUGCACGGGGGGCAUGGGACAUGGGAAGACACUGCGUGACUCUGCCACGGCCCCCACAGUGUGGCCCCGGGGCGCAGGAGGGAGGUGCGGUGACCCCGCCACAGGCAACUUUCAGGCCCAUGUGAUGCGUAGAGCGACUGUGACCCUGGGUACCCGUGGCCAGCCGGCACAGAACAGAGGUCCCCAGCAGUCUGGGGACAGGGACAGCCCUGGGGGUACAGCUGGGGCCUCCUUGGGGAGGGGACAGUGCAGCCAUGGGGAGCGGGCCUGGGAGAAAUGCCGGGGCACUGGGGCUCUAGUGCCCAUUCAGCGCGUGGCCCUUGUCCUCUCUGUCCCUCUGUGGUGGCCACUGAGGUCCCAAGAUGAGUGUGAGGGCUCUGGGGAUAAAGGCUCAUGGGGCCACACAGCAUUUUGCUGGGGUCUGGGUUUCCCGUGCCAGCAACAUGAGGCCACUUUCACUGAGACUCGGCAACCUGGGAGCAGGGUCACAGUGGGAAUAAGCUGGGGUGACAGGGCCUGGGAACAGCCCCUCAUGGGGCUCCCCAUGUGGGAUGGCUCCCCACAUCCAGUCUGUCCAUGAGGUGACUGCCUGACUGCCUGCCUGACUGUCUGACUAUGGACUGGCUGACUGACUGGCUGGAUGACUGCCUGGCUACCUGACUGUGUGACUGACUGACUGACUGGCUGACUGCCUGGCUACCUGACUGUGUGACUGACUGACUGACUGACUGACUGACUGACUGACUGACUGACUGACUGGCUGACUGCCUGGCUGGCUGGCUGCCUGACUGAUGGGUAUGUUUGAUUCAGGGUGAUUUGUUUAGGCUGUGACUGUGUCAGCAGUGUCUGAAAAGAUGAUUUAGCGCCAGAUCCCCUGACUGAGAUGGAGCACAGGUGGCUCCCAAGGGCUGCAGUGAUGUCCCCCUGCCACCUUGCCCUGCCACCUUGCCCCCACAGUCCUGCACAUGGCUACCCCCUCCCUGGGUCCCUUUGCCUCAGUUCCCUGUCUGCCUCAUGCUACCCCAUGAGGAGCACUGCUGGUGCCCAUGGGGCUGGCCGAGGUCACUGGGAGGCCACCAAGAGCGGCUCCUGUGCCCGAGGGCAGAGGCGGCCCCUGGCCUGGGCUGGGCAUCUCCCAGGGAGCUUUCCGCUGGCCCCUGCAGCAGGGACCCUGCUCACAGUGUCCCUCUCUGCACCACCUUCUCCCCAGCUCCUCCGCUCCUCUGUCAGGUGUCGCCUCUGUCCCCGGCCACCCCCAUGGCAUGGCAGUGCCCGCUGUUCCCACCGUGGGACGUGCGCCCCGCCCCCACCCCGGAACCUGCGGUGACAGCAGAAUGCCAUCUGCUGACGGUGGUGCCGUCACGUGACACCCGGGCUGCAGCCCCGAGGCCCAGCAGAACAAAGGCUGGUGGCCGGCGGUGACCAGGGUGACCGAGCAUUCCGGGCCGUCACUGGCUCUCUCCAAACACAUUAGGGAGCUCACUGUCCUCAGCCUCUACCCGGGCGCGAGCCGCCCUGGGACCCCGGGACAGAGUGGCCCAGCACGUGACAGGCACAGGUCCCCAAGUCAGGGCUGGGACACCCCCACUCAUGCCCAUGCUCAAGGCGGCUGUGACCAAGUCCCAGAAAGGAGCCAGUCAACCCCUGGCUCUCCCUGCCUCCACAGCCCCUGGGCCACCCCGGCUGCCCACACCCUGUGGCCCACGCCCCGUGCCUGCCCUCCCUCCUUGCCCCUCCCUGCAAGUGGCUCAUGCUACCCCACUGCAGAGUGAAGCAGCUCUGCUGGACCUGUGGCCACACUGCACGGCUGCUGUGCCGGGGCUAUGUGCUAUCCCCCUGGCCCAGGGACCACGCCCCGUGCAGGGCACAUGUGCUCCAGGACCCCAUCCUGGCUGGUGACACCGUGCAGGCCUGGGCCCAUCACAGCGGCUCUGCGAGGUCCUGGAGGCGCUGACGGUGAUGGGAGCCUGGGCGGUCUCUCCGGUCCUUCUCAGGCCUCUCUCAGGGCAGGGGGACACUCCAAGGACACAUGGCCAUCCCUGGACCCGGGGGUCCAGCACGAUCCCUCUUGCUACAUCUCGUUCCUGUCCUUCAGGUGACCCUGGUGGCCCCGGCCAUCCCGGGGGCCGAGACGAAAGCGUGGCCUGGGCUGCCCACCGCCGGCUGCUUCUUCCUCCGGCUGAGAGUGGAAAAGGCCACUUUGUCCUGCGCUUCCCGGGACAACGCUAACCGUUCACAGCCUGGGGACAGCGCAAUACCCCGUGUGGAUCAUUCGCACAUGGGACCAUGCCACCCUUUUGCCCCUCGGCCGGACGUGGCAUCUGUCCAGCGGCCUCCGGACACAGAGGAGGACCGCAGUGGGCCCUCCGCAGCGGGAGGGGUUAGUGCAGCCCCGGAGCCUGGCCAGGCCUGUAGGGAGAGGGGGACUAGCUCCUCCUGCUCCGUGGAGCCCAGUCCUGUCCGCUCCACUCACUUGGAGACCCCACAGCCAGGGUCAGCCCCAGCCCCAUGGCCUUGCCCUCCGAGGGUCAAAGCCAUCACCUGCUCCUGCCCCACCCCGCUCCCAGAGCUGUGGCGGCUCAUGUCCCCCACCCAGGAGCCCUGGCCCCUGUGUCCUCCACCCAGGAGCGCCCCCUGUGUCCCCUACCUAGGUGCCCCGGCCCUGGCCCCUCCUUCAGCCCCAGCCGGACCCUCCUAGGUAAGGCCGGCCAUGCCCAGGCUCCAAUCCCAGUGUGUGGCAGGCAGGUCCACCACGGCCCCUUCCUCCCGAGCCGGCGUCCGCCUCCAAGUCGGAGCCCGCGCGCCCCAGUGGCAGCUCCUGGCAGGCCGCGCCGGCACGCAUGAGCGCCCAGCACAGCAGCCCUGGUAGGCGGCUCAGGAAUGUGAGGCCGGUGCCCCCGUCUCGCCAUCCUCGGCCUGGAAGGCCUUGUGCCCCCAGGCCUCCCGGGACAGCCCCCUCCUCCUGGGCUCCCCGCCUCCCCCUGCCCUGCAGCCCGCACCAGCCUGGGCGCCUGCCCUGCGCGGCCCAUGGUGUGAGAUGGGGCUGCCUACCUCCCAGCCACCCUGUGGCCCAAGGGGGAACCUGGGGCAGAGAGGGCAAGCCCUGGAGGCUGAGGAACCCAGGGCUCCAUAUGGCCCGGGCCCCUGCAUGGGUCAGGAGGAGCCCCUCUUGCAAGGGCUCCCUGGGCCCAAGCGCCACCAUUGCGGGUGAUUCUCAGUCGGGGUUCCCUGGAACCCCACCUGCUAGGAAGGCCCGGAUGAGGCUGGUCAGGAGGUGCCAUAGGAUGGGUGAUGACGGGGGCACGUCAGGCGGCAGGGGAUGUGCCGUGAGGGCUGAGACACCCUCAGGGAGCCACCUCCCACCAGCUCCCUGCUGGCCCCCAGGCCCCUCUUGCCUGGCAGGCACUUGUCCCUGGGGGCCCCCAGCCUGAGCAGCCUUUGCCUGCGUCAGUGCCCCUGGAGCAGCGGGGAGGGGACCCUCUGCAGAGCCUCAGUGCGGCCCUCAGCGCGGUAAAGCUGGAGCAGGCGGCUCUGCAGGGCACCUCGCUGGGGGGCUUGGUCCGCUGUUCAGCGUGUAGAUUCGAUCGUUUGCUUUUGCUCCGUGUCGAGGUCCCAUUGCAUGACAGAAGCUGUGCUUUUCCCUCUGCUGCCCUUGUCCUGUGUCCAGCUGAGGACACUGGGGGACACGACAAAGCCCAGAGACCAGCCCCAGAGACCAAGGUGAGCCAGAGGACCCACGAUGCCCACAAGUAACCUGGAAAUGGGCUCCCUACAAUGUUGUUGAAAGUGCGUCUAAAACUUGUUGAGCCGUCUCUGAUCAGGUGUACGAUGUGAUGAGACUGGAAGAGUGAAACAUUUUUACGUUUAUGGCAAUAAAGCCACACUGUCCCGAGUCCUCCCCAGAAUGCUCCCCUGGCUUCCCACGCCCUCAGCCCAUCAUCCCUGCCUCUGUCUGAGGCAGCUCUGCGCUCCUGUUUCCUGAGGGUCUUUGCAGUGUGAUCAAAAACACAGAAUGCGCCGGGCGUGGUGGCUCACACCUGUCAUCCCAGCACUCGGGAGGCCGAGGCAGGAGGAUCCUUGCGAGUUCCAGACCAGCCCAGACCACUGGGCUACACAGUGAGCUCAAGGCCAGCCUCAGCGGCACAGCGAGGCCCUGUCUCAAAAAGACAACACAAACAAAAUAACGGACUGCUGUCGCCGAGUGCCCUUUACAUUGUGUGAAUGUGACCGAGAAUCCUAGGCACCUUGUUCCUUGGACCUGGCGCUGUACGCGCCUGGCCCCUCCCCUGCGCAGGAGCAGUGCAGGUGUCCAGUCCGUUCAGGACCCCGAGGCCUCUCCCAGCCGUAGUCCUCUCUGUCCGGCUCCUCCGGGCUGCAGGGCUGGGUCCCUGGGCUGGGCACCCUGCACACCACAUGUCCCGAGCUGGCUUGGGCACGGAGAAGCCAUCACCCCUGAGGGGCGCAGGCCUGCACGCCUCCAGGACUGGACUUGCUGUCCUUCCCUCUGGGCUCCAGGUUCAGAGCUGUGGCCUCAGCCCUUGCCUCCCAGCGCUGCCUCCUCCAGCCUCUCCGGCCGGUGACCACCAGUGGCUCCUGCAGCCCCCGCUGAGUAGGUACCACGGGGCCCGGAGCCGGAGUCUGGCAGAGCCGCCCCCUCCCAGCUCCACUGGGCACAACCGGGUGCUGCUGUGCAGGAGGGACAGGGCCUGAGGAGACCUCGGGGCAGGCAGCUGCUCGAAGGCCACACACAGGUCCCAGCACCAGGCAGGGGCGGGGCUCGGGCUCUGGAAAGCACAUGGGGAGACUGAGGCAGGGGGUGGGGGGAGUGGCUCUGUCAGCCUAGGGAGGGAGUAGGUUGGCCGAGGGCUCCAUUCUGUGGGUAAGAUGAGGACUCGCCCACAGCAUCGGGGAGCCCCUCUCCAAGCCCUAGGAAAAGAGGCUGCCGUGACCCACCCCGCCCCGAGUCCUGGCCCUCACAGGCUGGGACCCUCAAGUGCAAACACAGAGGGGCUCAUAAUGAUGGAGAACCACUCUGCCCCCCAAGGAUCUCCCCAGCCUUCCCCGGCCUCAGGAACGUUCCGUGGCUUCCCACUGCCCAAAAUCCCGGUGUCUCGGGAUGUGGCCCUUACCACCAGCCUCAUUCCGUCCAAAUUUGCUUCAUGUGGCACAAGUCUCAGUGCCACCUAGAGGACACCCUUGGGGGAUAAGGGCGCUGACCAUAGGGUGCCCUGGCCAGGGAGGCAGUGGGGACAGGCCUGCCGUCUUGCCGUUGGUCAGAGGGAGUCUAGGGCUCCAAGUCCCCAGCAGGGUGCAGAAGGAGUUCAGGCCCGAGAAAAGCAGCUGGCUGAGCCUCGGUUUCCCCUCCAGAUCCUCCAGCCACCCACAGGUGUGUGGGAUAUUCUCACACAAAAAGCAAACAGGCCCAGAGGCACAGCACUAGAACAUGGGCCUGGGUCCCAGCCUUGGAGCCACACAAAACCAAGCCACAGUGCACGCACACGCACACACACACACACACACACACACACACACACACACACACACAGAGAAGCCAGGGAGGGGCUAGAGGUGAUUAUCCAGUCUUGCUAGGCCCCGGCCACCCAGGCCCAUUGGGCCACCUUUCCCCUGGCCGAGCACAGGGCCUCAAGAGCAGGGGUCAGUUCGGCUGAGGCAGUGCCCACAGGAGAGGCACGGGGAAGGGUCCGGCUGGCGAGUGGGGGUGACUUCUGCGGGCUCUCAGCACGGAGGCCCUGGCUCGGUUCCUGUCCCUGGGAUGAUUGGUCGGAGCGGCAGCCCCUGGGGUACGUGGCCGGAUGGGGCGCUGCCCUGCAUCAGUGUGCGCAGGAAGGGCCUCUCCACUGGCCCCGCACUGCGGCCUCUCAGGACACCCCAGCCAGGUGGAGAGAGGUGUCAGUGUCACAGCAGACAUGGCGCAUUUAAAAACUGGUGGCCAGGGGCUGGGGAUUUAGCUCAGCCCCUUGCAAGCAGGCAGUCGUGAGUUCGAUCCCUGGUACCGAUAAAAACGAAAAAGACAAAAAAAUAAAAAAAUAAAAAAUAAAAAAUAACUGGUGGCCCCUGUUUGAUGUGUUUUGAAAUUUUGUUCUGGUUUUUUUUUUUUUUCUUCUCCUUUUUUUCUUUCUUUCUUUUUAUCCUUGAAAAAAAAAAUGGAUUUUGGAAAAAAAAAACUGGGAUGAGCAUUUCAGGUUUAAAAAGUAUGUUAGAGUAAAAGUCGCAUUGCCACAAGUGCCCGGGGUCCUCCUCUGGCUUUAAGUAACCACCGUCCGGCCACCUCUGCAGCCCAGCGUCCCCGCUCCUGAGGGUCUCACGGUCCUCCAUGGCUGUUUCCCGCCCGUGGUCACUGAUGGGGAAGCCGGCUGAGGACACAGUGUCAUGUGUUACCAGCCUGUUUCCUGCUUGGCGCGCUGGGCAGCGGCCUUCGUCGCGGUGACCGUGCUCCCAGGGACCCUUAGGGAGGAGGCCUGCGGAGCUGCCUCGGACAGCGGAUGGCCAUGGGAGCACUGCCUUCAAAGCGGGGAGGGUUGGGAGGAGCUGGCGACAGUGUGUCUUCUACUGUCACAAAAUUUAAGUUAAACAAUUUUUUCAACAUCCAUCAUAUAUUUCCAUCACGUCUUGCGCUGGAAAAGCCGCAUUUGUGUCUCCGUCCCACAGCUGUGCCCGUGUGAUCCCACGCACUCAGCGGCUCAGCUAGCGGACAGCAUGAAGAUGGAAAGGUCCUGUUGCCUGGCAACAUGGUGCCGCUGGUAUAAACAAACCACCGUGCUGCUUGCAUGUAAAAAUUCUGCACGAGCCAGGCAUGGUGGCACACGCCCAUAAUUCCGGCCCGCUGGGAGCCUGAUGCAGGAGGAUGGCAGGUCUGAACCCAGCCUGGGUGACUUAGUGGCUUAGCAAGACCCUGUCGCAAACUAUGGUGUAUGGAAAAUUUGGCUGGGGGUGUCACUCGGGGGAAGCCCUGGGGUUCAAUCCCAGUCCUGCAAGCAAUGGGGAAACUCAGAGGUGUGCAGUGUGCACACCUGUGUUCAUGUGUGCACGCAGGCAGUCAUGUAGACAGUAGCGCCUCAGUUCACAAACUGAAUUCUUCCCAUGAAUCUGGUGGCACAGUUUGUUCCCUAGUCCUGGUUGCAGCCAAAUUGCAUGCAUAUACAUAUGGGUACGUGCAUAUGGAUGUGUAUGUGUGUGCACACAUGUCUGUGUGAGUAUGCAUGUGUGAGUAUGCAUGUGUACACAUGUACAUCAAUACCUUGAUGCACAAAGGCUUCUGUUCACAAGCAAUUCAGUUUGCAAACCAAGCGUUCACUAAGAUUUUGCUUCUGUUGCACUGGGUGACAAACACAGCUAUGGCCAUCUUCCCCACGCAAACAAACGCAGCCGAGCUCUCCAAAACUGUAAGACAAACCGGGUGUGGUGGCUCAAGCCUGUCAUCCCUGCACUGGGCUGGCUGAGGCAGGAGGAUCCUUGCGAGUUCGAGACCAGCCUGGGCUACAAAGUGAGCUCAAGGUCAGCCUGAACUGCACAGUGAAAUCCUGUCUCAAAAAACCACCAAAAACAAAAUUGUAAAACAAAGUUCCUGAGCCAAGGUACCACUGAAUGUACAAGCAUAUGUGUGUAUAUAUGUGUGCAUAAUACCCAUGUAUAAGUGUGUGCUUAUGUAUAUAUGUAUACAUAACGUGUGCACAUCAACAUCAACAUGCAUAUGCAUAUUGUGUAUACAUGUGUGUAUAUGUAUAUACAAGCGUCAGUGUAUAUGUAUGCAUGCAUAUGAGUGCAUAUGUGUAUCUUUGUGUGUGUGCAUGUGUGUAUACAUGCCUCUGUGUAUACAGGUGCACAGGCAUAUGUGCAUAUAUAUGUAUGUACGUGUGUUUGCAUGUGUGCGUGUAUGUGUACACACAAGCACUUACAAUCCCUAGGGCCCUUCACCCCUCAUCCUUUAUCAGGAAUCGGGACUCUGUUCUGGCCUGGACCCGAGAGACGGCUGUGCCCAGAAUGAUCCCCACACUGCUCUCUCCCCUGCAGGUGGCUCAGGAAACCCCAGCUGCAGACCUCGGCACCCACGGAGCUGCCUGGUGCUCCACAGUGCGUGACGCCUUCCUGCCAUCUCCUAGGCCACCCUGCUCCCUCUCGGGGUGAGGCCAGGGCCUGUGUCACUGAUGUGUGGGGAGGAGAGAGGCUCACGUGGGGAGUGACUCCCCCGAGGUCCUACAGGACCCUCACUCCUCUUCCUCCGGAGAGCUUGUGCAGGGCGCUCACCUCCUCACCAGGACGGCCGUGCCUCCGGCCAGCAGGGCAGGCGGGACAGUUAAUGUCCCCACCUGUGCCCCUGCCAAGGAUACUUCACCACAGACCUGGGGAACAAGUUCACCCCAAGUGAGGUGGGCGGAGGUCCUCGAUGCCCUGUCACCCGGACACAGGCCUGCUGGGGCACCCUGGGGACACAAGCGGCUACAGGCAGAGCCUGCAAACACGGCAGCAUCCCUUAAAAAUGCCAUUGCUCACGUUUCUUAUUAAAAAGUGUGAUCUAGGCGACCUACCAGACAGAUGCCCUGCUGAGUGAGCAGUAGCUAAACUGCGGUCCAUCUGGGCGUGGAAUAUUACUCAGCAGUGAGGAGGAAAGUGCUCGGGAGCCAGGGAAGCCCGAGGGGAGCUUGGCAGGCCUCGGAAAAGGCCGUGUACUGUGUGCUUCCAACACGUGACAGAGUCCCGCAGCAGUCAGGGCCCAGGAGGUGUGGGGGGCGGGUGAGUGCGGGGGCUGAGAGGGCUUUUUUUGGGUUACGAUGAUGCAUGGACGCAUGUCUUCAUGGGCUGUCCACAAGAGUGACCGCAAGCCAACUUCGGCUUCU